UUUGUACCUCUGUGUGAAUAUCUUCCAGUUACUGAACUGAAAACACUGUUGUUUGUGCACAAAGACAUCUCAGUAUUUAGCUCCUUGGAAGAAGAUGGAUGGAUUAAUUUAUGGGAGAAAAUGGCUUCACCAUGUAUUUUGGAAGCUUUUAGCACAAAUUUAAGUGAUGGAAAAGAACUAGUUUGUUCUCAUGGAGAGGCAUUCACAAAAAUUCCUCGCUCUCAGUUAGACAAAUGUCUUGAAGAGAACAUUUCGUUUUCUAAAACGACAGUGGAGUCUUUUGGUGUUCAGGAGUCUAGUGGAAAAAAGGAUUCUUGUUGGUUUCCUCCAAAGAAAGAAAUGAUUCCUCGAUUUCGCUUGGAGCCAGCAUCAGCAGAAUGCAAUACAGCUGUAGCAGAUGACAGGAGUCUUACCGAAAAUCAUGUCAGGGAAACCAAAUUAGGGAGAGAAAUCGGAAAACAUUUAUCACUUGGGAUUCAAGAAGAAAGAAAAAAUGAGGAGUGCCAACUAGUCGGUUUUAAGGAUGUGUCUGUUGGACCAGAUACCACCCCACAAAAGAAAAGGCCUAUUCCUCUUGAGCUGCCCAGAAAACAUCAAGAGGAUUUUGAUUUUUUAAGCAACUUCAUCAUGCUGAGAUCAAAACAUGUGAUCACCCAGAGUGAGAAAACAAAUGAUGUGGAUAUUCAAAAAGAAGCUCCAAAUGCUAAGGAGGAGAGCUCAGCAUCUGAAACUCACGACAGUCCUAUUGCCCUUAAAACGGCAGUCCUUACAGAAAAGCAAACCAAAGACAAUGAAGCAACUAUCUCCAUUGAAAUUAAACCAUCAGAGAGCCAACAGCAGGCGUAUCUUAUCCUCGAAGCAGCUGUGGUUCCAGUUUUGCAAGACCUCGCGACUCUUGGCAGACACAGUUGGAAGUUUGCCACCCUUAAUUUCGAUGACUCCAGAUUUUUUCUAAAGCAACAAGAGAAAGUGAUGAGUGAUACUUUUAAAGAGGGUACCCAAGAUGGGAACGAUUUUACACUGUUCAAACAUGCUGCUGUUCUUCAUUUGCUGGUAACCGUUCGAGACCUCUUACUAACAUGUAACUUGAGCACAGCAUUGGGAUAUUUGUCCAAGGCAAAAGAUAGCUAUAAGGACUUCCUAGGCUCUAGCCUGGAUAAUAUUUGGAGACAGUUGAAGAUUGUGCACUUUGCUCUUCAGAAGCAGGAAACCAACCCCAAGAUAACAGAGCUGCAGCAUCAAAUCUCUAAGUGGGUACACAGUAAUACAGAUGGUCAGAAUAAGGUAAAUAAGGUAAAUUAUAUUAAAAGGUUGGCCUCUGAUGAAAAUCAUUGUAUGGUUUUAUUGCUGCAAGUGACAGACAAAAUGAUAAGCUUGAAAAUUGGGUGUUUGCAUGCAGAGAAAAGGGGAACUUUGUUAGAGAACAAAAAUGUCAUAAGUAGUUUACAAAGAUAUUUUUGCGUUGUUGUACGUAAUCAGCAUAUUGGACCUGAUUUCCCCUGGACUCAUUUUUCACUUGUGGUGGAGUAUAACUAUUCAAAAAAUUCCUGCUGGAUUGAUCUCUGCAAAAAUCUGGGUCUUUCUUAUAUAACUUUCGAAACCACUCUCCCAGAAGCAGCCGGAACUGACGAGGCUUUUCCAGAUUAUUCUUGGCGUAUCCUUUCGAAUGUACCAGUUCCUUAUUUUUUUCUGACAUCCGAAGGACUUCUCAACACUCCAGAAAUCUUGCAGUUACUGGAAUCCCAGUACAAUAUUACAUUUAUUGAGCGAAGUUGCUGCGAGGCAUUACAGUUCUUUGGAAGCACAGAGCGCUAUGUCGUGAUGACUAUAGACGAAUGUACUGCUCUUGUUAUGCAGAAUGUCGAAGAACUCAAUUAUGAAAAGUCUUCUGAUAAUAUUGUGUUAAGACUGAUGGUAUUGUCCCUUCAGUAUAACUCCUGUUGGAUUAUUUUAUACUCCAGAGAAAGACUAAGUUCCCACUAUAGUCUAGGUGGCAAAACCCUUCAUCAUCUAGCCUUAAUUUAUGCCGCCUUGGUGCCUUUUGCCCAGAAGUCAGAGGACUUUGAUGUGAAGGUGGCUCUUACACCAGGAAUUGAAGAGACAGCAUUUUUGGUUCGUCAGAUUGCUGACCACAUGCUGUUGACAUCCAACAGGCAUCCUCAGGAGUGGCUGGACAAAGCCUGGCUUUCAGUCUUGCCAUCAGAGGCAGAGAAAUGCUUGCUUACCUUUCCAUGCAUCAACCCUCUGGUGGCUCAAGUCAUGUUAAAGAAAAGUUCUUCACUGGAGUGGCUUCUGUCGGCAUCUUUUGCCCAACUUCAGGAACUUUUGCCAGAAGUACCAGAAAAGGCCUUGAAGCAUUUUAGUGACAUCACAUCAAUGUACACCAUAAAACCACAGCCCAAGUCAAAACCUGUAAAAGAACCUGUGCCACCUGAAGGAGAAACAGACUAUGCCAUCAGCUCCUAUUAUCAGUUUCCUAAUUCUGAGGUCUUGUUGUCCAACUUUCAAGAAUCCAAUCCCUUUAAUCAAGAUUCAGGAUGCUCUCCUGUACAGAAAAGCAGAAACACGUAUCCCGGUUGCCAGCAAAAUGAGUUGUGUAAUUCACCAAAAUCAAUUAGGAGGCAGAAUGUAAUGGCCCCUUCCAUCUCAUACAAAGAAGACAUGGGUCCCUUUCAGAAUACUAUAGAGAAGCAACAGUAUCUCCUCUUUCUGAAACAAAUGGAAGCAGAAAGAAGAGCACUGAACCAUCCUGAAGAACCUAAGCACAUCAACUUUGAAGCCUCCAUGCCAUAUUUAGACUACAGUCAAAAUGGCCCUAAGGCGUACCUUGAAAGUGUCUCACAAAAGAGAAUGUUUCUCUCAAAAGGGGCGGGAUGCCAAAAGCAGGAGAUGCCAGUCUUGUUGAAGAAUCCUGUCCGUCAAGAUGUUAAAAAUAUAUGUGAACUCCAGAAGGAGCCUCUUGUGAAGCAAUGCCAUUCUGCCCAGGAUGUCAGAGAUUUGUGGUACAUUGACUAUACUAAAAAAUCCCUAUUGCCGCAGAGCCCUGGCCAUUUUCUAAGAGAAUUUGAAGGAACUGGGUACUACAAUCAAAAACCUCAGUCUGAGGAGAGGUUUCGAGAUGAACAUCCAUUCCUGCAAACAGCAAAGUCGUCUUUCUACAAUGCAGAUUUCUACAAACCCAUAUCAAGCCAGGAUGGAUUCUUCAACCUCAACUUUCAAAUGACGGGAAAAUGUGCAGGAAGGAAAGGGCCUGAUUUGUCAUCUAAUCACAGAGAGCAAGAUUCUUCAGCAGAAUUUGCCCAGUUGCCACAGCUUAAGAAACGUCGCCUAACAUUUGAGAGAGACCCCAAGAGAAGUGAUGGUCAAACACGUCUCAAGUUCUUCUAAAGCAAAAUACAAAC